UAUCUUCUCAUCCACACAAAUACAUACCACCCAAAUAAUUCCCCCCAUUCUCUCUCUCCUCUCUCUCACUCUAAGAGAGUAAAAAUGGCUCUCGCUAGUAGUAGCAGCAGCAGGAUCCUCUGCAACAGCGUGAACAACAACAGGAGACCGUGCUCCCAAAUCCUUCAAUAUCUGAACCCUUCAAGAACAUCAUCAUUAUCAUCACCUUUCACAGUAUCAGCGACUCCUAAGAAAACCUCUUCAUCCCCAAAAACAGGAAAAUUUGACAGCAAGAACAGGAGAACCAACCCUCUUACAACCCCUCAAGAACCUGAAACAGUUGAAUGGGCUCAAAUUGGUGGAGAUGAAAAAAACACAAGUUUUGCAGUUGACGAUGGCUUUGUAAUGCCUGACCUCCCUGGCCUUGAGCCCAACUUCUGGGAAGGCGCUCAGUGGGAUGGCCUUGGUUUCUUCGUCCAGUACAUGUGGGCUUUCGGCAUCGUUUUUGCGUUAACUGCAUGUGGGAUUGCUGUGGCUACAUACAACGAAGGAGCAACAGAUUUCAAGGAGACACCAGUUUACAAGGAAGCUAUUCAAUCUCGUGAUCUUCUUGAAGAACCAGAUGCAUCUAAACCAGAUGUUUUCGAGUCAAAUCCAACCGAAGAAGCACCUACUUUGGAGUAAUAAUAUAAAAUGGACUUUUUAAACCUAAUGUUGUGUGUGAAAAUACAACCACAAAGAAAAAGAUCAAUUGGGCAGGCAUUUGGGGAAUGUAGUAGCCCUUAUACUAUAAGUGCCUUUUUAUGUUAUUGUUACAAAAACACAAAUAUUAAAAGUAGUAUCAAGUAUUCCUUUGUACUUUAUCCUUUCUAAUUACGAUCCUGUUAUUUCGAAUAUUUGGAGAUGAAAGUACGUCAAAUAUGUGUUUAAUU